CACGAACCCUGGAAUUAUUUAGCGUUUCCACGCCGGCUAACCCAUCCUCUAGCGAUCGAGCCUCGGCAUCUUUCAUGUAAGUUACUCCAUAUAUCAGGACAGGGACGCCGUGAAGCUGAGUGUUUCCAUAUACAUAUAAUAUAAUCUAGGUAAUCCAGAGAGCUGGCAAUAGCAAUAGGAUUGAACAGGUUUAGCAGAGAAAUUCCAGUACCCAAUUUAAUCGCGGCUACUGGUUCAAUCCUGUCCAUUAUUUUGAACCCUCCCUACACCAUGGCGGACAAAAUAUCUGUCACCGGAGAUUCAAGAAUUCGGCACUGCACCGCAGUGUUAAAUGGAACAACUUACGGAUAUCUUUUGAGUCUGCCCGAAGGGGGGAAGUACAAAGCUACAGUUUUCUUGAUCCAUGGCUUUCCCGAUAUAUCGAUGGGAUGGCGGUACCAGAUUCCUGCCUUGACAAAGCUGGGCUUUCGAGUUGUUGCUCCUGACUGCAUGGGAUAUGGAAGGACGGAAGCUCCAGAGUUUUCGGAAGAAUCGGCCGCGCGAUAUGGAUUCAAGCAGUGCGCAGAUGAUAUGAAGGAGCUCGCACGCCAGCUGGGCACCUCUCAAAUUGUCCUUGGAGGGCACGAUUGGGGCGGAUCUGCCAUAUAUCGCAUUGCCCUGUACCAUCCGGGGUUUGUUACCCACCUCUUUUCAGUCUGCACUCCUUACAGCCCUCCAACAAAAGAGUACAUCCCCCUCGAGACUCUCAUCAAAACAAGGCUCCCCUAUUUCGGGUAUCAGUUGCAGUUCGUCAGCGGGGACCUAGAGAAGAAAAUUAAGAGUAAGAGGGAUAUAAGACAAUUUUUGCUAUCGUUAUAUGGGGGAAGGACCCCCACGGGUGAGUUCGGGUUUGAUGUAUUUAACGGGGUUUUGUUGGAUAAGUUCCAGCACUUGCAGAGGUCGAAGGUGAUAAGUGAAGAGGAGCUGAACUACUACGUCGAUGAGUAUGCAAGAAAUGGUGUUCGCGGUCCAUUAAACUGGUACCGCACACGCGAGCAAAACUACAAGGAUGACCUUAGCCUUCUGGGCCGCAAGCUGGACAUCCCUGUCCUGUUUAUCCUUGCAACUCAAGAUGAAGCCCUCCGCCCUGCUCUAUCUCGUAACAUGAGCAAGUAUUUGCCUAACCUCACCACGGCGAAGGUUACGGCGGGCCAUUGGGCACUCUGGCAAGCGUCAACGGAAUGUAAUGAGGCCAUUAGCAAAUGGAUGGAGGCGGUGGUGUUUGGUGGGAAGAGCAAAUUGUAAACACCUUGCAAUGUUCAUCAGAGGUGGAUUGGUACGAGUAACGGCAGGUGGUUGCUUGGGUCGUUGGCUUUCACCCGGCCAUUGUGCAUUUGUGUGCUAUAGUUUGUAUUGUGUUAGAUAAAUACUUCUCUGUCGAGGGACUUAGAGGAGACUCCGCUAGCGACUGAUCCCUUUUCACCCUCAGGCGGCCAUAUGAUUAGCUGAUGCUGACAUAUUCCUUGGCACGUUCCCGGUUUCUGUUGAUGAUGCUUGCUCUUCAUAUAUCGUUAUCCUUUAAUGGGGGCUGCCUUCAGCUGGGAAACUCCGUCCUAUCCCAGAGCCUUCAGUUGAACUUCAGCUCUGAAGUCAACAAGCAGGGAUAAUUUGUGGAACAGCCCGGGUGCUAAAGAAAACGAAGAACAAUAAAACUGUCCCCACAACCUGAUGUAAUUAUCAUAUAAUUUACUAUGAUCCUCAGAUGUUGUAUUUAUCAAUAUGCAUAUAUGUAUAUGCAUAUAUAAGGAAAGAUAACAAGCAGUAGAAGUCCGGAAGAUGCCACUUCCUAAAGCACUCCGAAUUAUGUUAUCAAUACUAGCUGGGCAUGAGUCGAGCUGUGAAGAUUCCUCGAAAAGAGAAAAAAAGGAACGACAUACAAAUGUCCUCUCCUCAACCCUCCAAUACAUUCGUCUCAAUCGUAAUCCCAAUCUUCUGCAACCGAUCAAUGUACUCCUGCCCCAAUAUCGCAGGCGUCAAAUACCCACCUUUAACCUCCUGUGAAAUCCGCUUACUCUUCAACAGAACCAUAGCCGACUCUGCAAGCAGCACUCCCGUCAUCCAAUACGCAUCCCCAUUAGUCUUGUACGUCCCAAGCACUUUGAUGGGUUUCCCUUCAGGAGAUUUAUGUUGGGCAGUUGCCAGGGCUCGAUACUCAAUCCGGUUACCCGUAGUGUUCUUCUUAGCCGGCCCUUCGCCCGGUGCAUAGAUGAGUUUACUCACCAGCCAGCGCACGGGCGGCAAUGUCAGGGCCAGCAUUCCAAACAUGACGGAAAGGUGCAGGACGACUCCGACUAGGACAUUGCGAACGGCCGCGAAAGCUUCGAAGCGGAAGUCCGGCCCGUAUAGGUCUGGCAUUAGGGAGCUGCUGCGAUGAACGAUGGCGAUGUCGCAAUGAUCUGUGACAUAGCUGGUCAUCGUACCUAGAUCAGGCACUAUGCGGACGCCGAGAAGUUUCUGGAGAAGGGGCGGAGAAUAGGGUGUUUUAGGUCGGCUGGCGGAGAGGUAAUAUGGGUUCUGUGCCUUGAAUAGUUCCUUCAGAGGCACACUACCCAUCAUGCCUAUGACGGUUGAGAGGGUUCCACCACUCGCUCCCGCGGUUCUACAUGGACCAGAGCGUUAGAAGGCUGAAGCUUGGAUAAUCUUCGGAGGACAUUUACUUACUUCAGUUCGUA